CGCGCCGCCCAGCCGCGAGCCUUUGCCGGCGCGCGGCGAGAGCGAGCCGGCCGCGGGCGAGGCGGCAGGGGGAGCCCUGAGCGCCUCCUUCGACAGGAGCGCGAGCGCCCUGGCGGCGUGGGUGGAGCACCACGGGAGCCUGCCGAAGCAGCAGCCCGCGGGCCAGAAAUUCCAUCCCGGGGGGGUUGCCCAGCAGCGGCUCGCCCGUUUCCUCAGCGGGCAGGCCAUGGCGUACUCGAAGGGGGCGUUGCGCGGCCAGCGGCUGGAGCGGCUGCUGCAGAUCCCGGGGGUGCGGGAGCGGCUGGGCUGCCGGGGCGAGACCGAGGCCCGCCGGGCGUUCGACGAGGGGGUCGCCGAGCUGAAGGCGUGGGCCGAGCGCAGCGGGCGCCUGCCGAGGUCGAGGGAAGAGUCACGGCGACCCUGACCAGCAGGGCUCGACCAGAACUGCGUGCUUCGUUUUCGUUGUGUUGUGUUGUCGUUUUCCCUCGUGCUGUCCUCGUUCCGCUGGUUCUGCAAAAUGAAGUG